CCCAUUGUCCCUCUGUCGGGGGCAACACGGCUUGAGCUCAAGCUCACCACCCUGUCACCCCGCGUCCCAAGAAGAAUUCCACGAACCAGUAACCACCAGCACAUAGUGAGCAUCCACACGUCGCCUUUUCAACCGGAGCCAGAACGGCAUGUCCGUCCUUCUCGAAACGAGCGCUGGCGACAUUGUGAUCGACCUGCUGGUCGACUACGCGCCGAAGCUCUGCGAGAACUUCCUGAAGCUGUGUAAGGUCAAGUACUACAACUUUGCACCAGUCCACUCCGUCCAGAAGAACUUCUCCUUCCAGACCGGCGACCCCCUCGGUCCUCUAUCCACACAGUCCGAUGGCGGCUCGUCCAUCUGGGGGCUAUUGUCCCCCGACCCGGCUGAACGAACGUUUCCCGCCCUGUUCCACCCCAAGUUGAAACACCUCGAGCGUGGAACCGUCAGCAUGGCCACGGCACCAAAUGCCGCCGACGGCGGGGAGAAUAGGCUGGCAGGGAGUCAGUUCAUCAUAACGCUGGGCGACGAGACGGACUACCUCGAUGGGAAGGCCGCAAUAUUUGGAAAGGUCGUGGAGGGCUUCGAUGUUCUUGAAAAGAUCAACGAGGCCAUCAUCGACGACAAGGGCCACCCACUUGUUGACAUUCGAAUCAAACAUACUGUCGUGCUCGACGAUCCCUACCCAGAUCCCGCUGGCCUGCGCGAGCCAAGCAGCUCGCCCCUGCCUAGCAAAGCUCAAAUGGCCACCGUGCGCAUUGCCGAGGCCGAGGCCGAGAAGCUGGGGGAGGAGGACGAUGAGGAGGCGGCGGCAGAAGCAGAGAAAGCCCGACGUGAGAGGGAAGCGCGCGCCCAAGCUCUCACCCUCGAGAUGAUGGGCGAUCUACCUUUCGCCGAGGUGAAGCCGCCCGAAAACGUCCUCUUCGUGUGCAAGCUGAACCCAGUCACGGUCGACUCGGACCUCGAGCUCAUCUUCAGCCGGUUCGGGAAGAUCCUAUCCUGCGAGGUCAUCCGCGACCGCAAGACCGGCGACAGCCUCCAGUACGCCUUUAUCGAGUUUGAGGACAAGGGUGCAUGCGAGACGGCGUACUUCAAGAUGCAGGGCGUCCUGAUUGACGAUCGGAGGAUCCACGUCGACUUCUCGCAGAGUGUGAGCCGCCUGAGCGCGACGUGGCGCGACGAGACCAACCAGAAGAGGCGAAAGCACGCAGCGGGUGGUAACAGAGGCGGCUGGGGCGGCGUCAAGGAACUCGAGAAGUGGAAGAAGUACCGGGACGAGGACGACACGCCAGAGCGCGGGGACCGCUACCAGAUGCUCGUGGACAGCCCUGGGGAAGGCAAGGCGUCGGCGGCGGAGGAGCAUGAUCGUACACGGCCAGACGGUCGCGAUCGCCACCGUCACGACAGCCGUUCCCCUCCGCCUCACCGCCGGGAGCAAGAUAGGGACUACAGGAGGCACGACCGGAGCUCGAGCCCGCGUGGCGAGCGCCAUCACGACUCAAAGAGGCACCGAGACCGUGACCGGAGGGACUAUCGUGAACGAGACCGUGGGAGGGCUUAUGGCGAUUACAGAAGACGGUAAAGAGGCGAGAACCGGCAGAAGAGAGCUCCCGAUCAUGAUACCCAAUUGUCUAGCAUGGCCUGACAAUGUCUCGAGCAAAAUGCAGCUUUGUCCGCACACUUAUCACCUGUCGUGACGAGUCAAUUCAACCAGGCCUCAUGCCCUUGAGCCAAUGGAAGCAUCAAGCUCCUGAAUUAGUACAAUACACAACUUCCGCUUGAAUCCGGUGGCCUAGAAACCUGACAGAAUCCCAGGAAGCCUUAGGCACCAAACCUCACAUGGAAUACAGGAGAAUGGCUCUUGAAAAUAAACCAUACCUUCACAUCCGCCAUGGGACGUGGGAUUGAGUUGUGACGGGAAAUUUUCUCAGUUCUUUGAGAGAGCAUUUAAUGCACGGGAUCCACGUCCGGCAUAGCAUUCUAGGCGCGCGUAGAGCAGCUGCAUCAGGUUUGAGCUUUGCGUGUCAGUCGUGUGGACAAGCACCUCGUAUCAGAGACCGGCAGAACACAGGAGUGAGACACUUGUGGAUUCGGUCGUAUGCUAUCUGAAAGGUAUUACUGGGCUUCCAGCAGCCCACAAUGCUUACGAGACGGUCUAAGAUAGCAGCUCCUCGAUGGCCUUGUUCUAAACACCGCAUAGCUGAUGAAAGCAGCGGCGUGCCAAAAGUCCUUGGCCGAGUCCUCAUCUAGGGCACAGGAGUGAAGGACUUCCGAAACUACAAUUGCUGGCUGAGGUCAGCAUUUAUUAAAGGCGAUCCAGGGAUCUUUAGCGUGUGCCAUUCUCCCGGUCAAGCCAUCUGGAAUUUCCGUGGUUGCCAUGUGGCACCCUGACCAUCUCCACCAAGAGCUCUGCUUCAUUGAGCUGAUGGCCAGCUUCAACUUCUACAACGCCAGAGGCGUCCAGGUAACAAGCCUGGUGCGACGGGGCGCUCAAUAGCCUCACGACUCUCAGUCAUGAGGCUGGCAGUCUCACUCGACUGCGGAAUCUGAAUUGUGGUCGCUAAAUCCUGCUGCUACACGUGUAGCUGCAUGUCUCAGAAGGAGCACAUCGUCGGGUCCCCCAGAUGUGAAGAAAAUCGAUCCGCCAGUGACGGCCUUACCACCAGCGACCAGUGUGUUUGUUUCCUCAUGGGAUGUCAUGCCAUCUGUGAGACAAUGGCCCCCGACACCCCAGGAGAAUUGAGUGUGGCCCCUGCGUGGCUCGCAUCUUGCGACGCUCUGUCGCAAACAUUUCGCAGGUUUUGGUACAAUUACUCUCAUCCCUGAAAGCAUGACGGGGCAGCCUCAAAUCUACGGUGGAUCUCUCGGAUCCUCGGGGCAAUUGAGCAGUUCUGGGCCAGAUUGCCGGACGCCACUCAUCAUUGUGAUGGUCUAUACAGCAUCCAGCGCGUUUGUACCCCUUGAAUUGGGGCUUUUUCCCUCCCUGACUGGUUGAUCUUGCAACAUGCAGCUGUCGCCAAAUUCAUCAUGAGACAUACGUACCAGCCCACUCGACCUAGAUGUGGGCAGGUUGGACUGCGCCAGCGUGGUCGCACGAGCUGUGUCGUAUAAGCCAUCAUUAGGUCGUCUGCCACUCGCAUGGCAGCUUUUUACCAACACCAUUGGGAGGAAACAACCGGUCUCUGAGCUUGCGCCUCCUUCCUCGGUGACCAGCGUGGGGGUCACCAGCUGACGCCCAUCUCUUCCACCACCAACUGACAGCUUCUCAGCCAUGGGCCGCUGCAGAUUUGCCAACCGAAGAUCUGCUUCGAGAAUUGAGUGGGCUGGAGCUCAGUGGCCGCCGCUCCUUGAUCUGCUGGCGGCUCUCCGAAUGAAGGAGGGUUGCAUUCGCCCUGCGAUGCCCAGCCAACUGCCGUGGUGAUCUGUCAUUUCAUCGGGCAGGCUGCACUGCAGCCUUGUACGGGCCGCCUAACGUGUACGCGACUUCGCCCGUUGAUGGCCAGCUCAGAGGUCGACUGGAGAAACACAAGUACCUAUGAUGCCACUUGGGGCCUAGAGUUGGGCCUUUGUCCUUAAUAUGCGUCACGAAUCACUGCAGGCGAGAACAGUCCUCGAAGUCUACACAUCUAUUAACGCUGCCCAACCUGCUUGGUUUUGACACACACACGCACACACACACGGAGGUUUUAUCUCUUCCAUGGUUGAUGUGUACCGUGUACUUGCACAACAUUUAUGCAGAGACCCGGGGCACUUUGCCUGGUGUAUUGAGGCUGCCCACAAGGCCUUGACAAGACUAUUUUGGCAAGAGACAGCUUCAAGCCAUGUUGCAGAGGGCCGGGUCCGACGGACAACGUGGAAAUAAGUGCCAGGCUGAUGAUGCCUCUCAAGACGGGCAGCUAUUCCAAAUCCAUCUCCAAAGAUCUCUCAGUGCACCUAGCUUGAGGAGACCUCUCAGGCCCAGAUGUCUGCAUACAUCGCAUCAUAACCUCGUUCGAGUGACACCAAACCUGUAUUACGGUUAUUCGACGGAAUCACUAAUUCACUGCCAUGCGUUGCACGGUGAGCGAGCUACCUGAGGCGAGGGCCUAUGGGUUUACCAAGAGCUCCACCGCAGUGAGUUCUCCUGCUGCAUGAGAUACCUGCUGAGGUACCUUGCCCUGGCAACGCUUGCCCUUUGUCAACAGGUCUCUGAGCUGCAACACCAUCAGUUGAGGUGAUGAAAGCGUCGACAGCCCGGGCGUCACCUGCAAGUCAUCUACCGGCUCGCCGCUGGUCUCAUAGGGAGGAAAAAACCAGCAGACGGGAGCGGACAUCUACUUGCGAUGGGGCGGACCCCACACAGGAGAGUGUAGGCAGCAAGAGGUCCUCGAGUGGCAGUAUAAGCCAGCUGCGUGACACCAAUGGCUGGUCAGCCCCUGGUUGGCCGU